CACCACCACCACCACGACCACCACCACCAACACUAGUCCACCUCGUUCAGUCCUCCAGCGACCGCCACUCUGCACUGCCGGCUCUCCCUCCCUCUUCCGCGGCCACAGACACGUUACCCAGAGACCGCAAGAUACCAGUGGCCGCAGCAGAGCACAACAGGCACCCCGCACACACAUCACGGGGUGUUGAGGGAAGGGUGUGCGGCAUAGGGGUGUGCUGUGUCUGUGGAGGUUGGGUUGGGGUUUCCUUGGGCCCUGUAGCUCCCCGUCCUUCUCUGCAUUCGUGUAUUGUCGAGUCCGUGUAAGCGUGUGAGCGUGUCCAGGAGAAGGUGAUGAAGAUGCUGCGGGUCUCGGCGGCGGUGGUGGUGGUGGUGGUGGUGUGCUGGACAGGCAGUGGCGGCGGCAUCGGUCUGGUCGACGCAUCCACGCUGCUGGAGGUCGGGGCAUGUCCCAACGUCAGCUCCGUCCCCAGCCUUGACCUCGCCAAACUCGAGGGGCAGUGGUACCAGAUCCUGCAGAUCCCCACCGACGACAACAGUAUAGCCAGAUGUACUCGAUCCACCUACACUUACGCGGACGGCUACCUGGAGGUGGUGACGGAGGGGCGUGACGCUGUCGGGGGCGCGGUGGCCAGGACGGGCGUGCUGGCCAGGCUGCCGGAUUCCCCCACCGGCGCCCUGCAGCUCGACAUGGACGGGAUGCCGCCCCUCAGCGUGUGGGUGCUGGACACGGACUACUCGGGCGUGGCGUGCCUCUACUCCUGCACCGAGUUCCCGGGGCUGCGGGCGGAGUGGGCGUGGGCGGUGACUCGCUCCCCACGACCGCGCGUCAAACUGGUGCACCGGUGUCGCGCCAAACUGCGCAGACACCACGUGGACACCGCCAAGCUGGAGCGUGUGCCCCACAGUGCCCAGUGCCUCAAGGGGAACUAAGGGGCGUGCGGGAGGGUGAGGAGUGGGGGUGAGGGGAGGAGAGGGAGCGAGACGGAGGGAACUGUGCAACUGGCAAGGGAAGGGAGAACAGAAUCAAUGACAAUGACCUGAGGGAAAAUAUACGUUGUUAAAGGUAAUAAACAACGUGACAUGUUCAAAGUGAAGAGUUUCCGAUAUGCUUUACUUUCCUCCGCUUUUUCUUAAUUUAUACAUCAAAUAUUUUCUUUCCACCAUGGCAUCUUUUCUUAAAGGUGGUCUUUCUAACUUUUCUCUCAUCCUAUCCUCUUCUUACCUGUGUUCCUUUACUUUUUUUUUUUGCCUCUUCCAUCAGCAUAUAUGUCCACUAUGCAGGAAUAUUUGCAGUACCAGUCCCGAUAUUGUCUCAUUCUCAUGUAUAUAAAGUAGGCCAGUGCGGCUGUAGGAGUGUGAAAUAAAGUAAAUAAGUAUCUAAAAAUUUCGUUAUCAUACUCCCCAGCCUGUUCUUCCAUUAUACUCCCCAGCCUGUUCCGUCAUUAUACUCCCCAGCCUGUUCCUUCAUUAUACUCCCCAGCCUGUCCUUCGUCUUAACUUACCUCGCCAGAAACACAACACUGUCUACAUUGCACAUUUUUAUUCGUACUUUCCUCUGCCUAUCACAUCACAUUGAGCUGGGCGCGGCUGCCUCAACACACGUCUCCGCUGCCUCGAUAAACGUAUAUAUUGUGUGUUUGGUUUGACGCGUCCUGUCAUGCACGCCGCCGUAAGCUGUGUGUGAUCUUCAGCUGAGGCGUCUGGUGUGAUAUGUUGGUAUGGGUGAGGCUCUUCUAGGGUGGAGACUCAACCGUAGCAGUAUACAGCCCCAAGAAAAUGCGAUAUAGACACCCUACAUAACACAAGGAAAAGGAAAAUAAAGAAAAAUAACAACACCAGAGAAAGGAUAAUACAGAAAAAGAAUACCAGAAAAAAAGACCAGAUAGAAACAUAUAAAAAAAAAACAUAUAGUAUUAAAGAAGAUAAAGGCGAGAAUCUUAUACAUCACUGUCAUGUGGCUCCUGGAACUGAAUGGUGUGUGUGUGUGUGUGUGUGUGUGUGUGUGUGUGUGUGUGUGUGUGUGUCAUGUGAUCCCUUACUCAUUAUGCCGAUAUCAAAACGCAUAUCAUGAAAAAAAUAAAUGAAAAUCUGAAUAAUAGCAAUAAAGAAAAAAAAUAUUGAUGUGCUUAAAACUACGUCAAGGAAGAGGUAAGCAAAACUGGAUUGAAAUUUGGCGUGAAAAAAAAAAAAAAAUCGAAAUAAUGACAAAUUAAAACAAAGUAAAAGAAAAAAAAUCUGGCAAGCACAACAAA